AUGAAAGUCUGUGAACUUAAUCCCUACCCUAUAUUCAAACAGUUUCUUAACCCGUUGUCAGUUAAUUUCCAUUUGCCUUUUUCAGGAACGCUGUUAUCUCGUCGCGUGCUCUUCCUGGGAAAGCAGCUGUGUGAGCUUAGACAAGUUUCGUGUAGGCUGUUAAUAAUGCCGGCGAAGGAAAACAUCGCGAAGCAAGUGGAGUGGACUGCGGGCACAAGGGUGCCCUACCUGGAGCUUGCCAACGUGCUCAGCAAUAUAGAAGGGGAAUCGAAGAGACUGAGAAUUAUCGAUGAACUGGCUGGAUUUUAUUCCAAAGUAAUAGAGUAUUCACCGGAUGAUUUGCUAGCCUGCGUUUACUUGUGUGUGAAUCAACUUGGACCGGCCUACGAAGGAAUUGAGCUGGGAAUUGCUGAACACACCAUAAUAAAGGCGGUCGCACAGGCCACAGGCCGAACUGUAGAUAAAAUUAAGGAGGAGAUGCAGAAGAAGGGUGAUUUGGGCAUUAUUGCACAACAAUCUCGACAAAAUCAAAGCUCAUUAUGCAAAGCUUUUGGGUUUACUCCUAAGCCGCAUACGGUACAGUCUGUGUUUGCCAAACUGACAGAUAUCGCGAAACUUACCGGAGCAGCGUCAAUGAACAAAAAAGUGGAGCUGAUCAAGGGCCUCAUAGUCGCAUGUCGGGGAGCAGAGGCCAGAUAUCUUGUUCGUUCACUUGAAGGAAAGCUUCGCAUUGGUCUUGCUGAGCAAAGCGUGUUGGUGGCUCUCGCCAAUGCUUUCACGAAAGAACACAUUAAGAAGAAAGGACUGAAGCUCUCAUCGUCUGCUACAGACGUCCUCAAAAGUGAGCAUGUCUUGCUCAUGAAGACCACUUACUGCCAAUGUCCAAACUACGGAAAGAUAAUCCCGAUUGCACUUUCGGAAGGCAUCGAGAAUAUAACCGAGAAGUGCAAGUUGACUCCAGGCAUCCCGUUGAAACCUAUGCUUGCCCAUCCUACAAAAGGCAUUGGCGAGAUAAUGAGACGUUUUGGGGAGGCGGUGUUUGCAUGCGAAUGGAAAUACGACGGCGAAAGGGGGCAGAUUCACAUGGAGGAAUCUGGUAAAAUUCAUAUAUACAGCCGCAACCAAGAGGACAAUACCUCGAAAUUUCCAGAUGUUAUCGAGAAGGUGAAAGAAUGCAUAGGCCCCAGUGUUACAUCUUUCAUCGUUGAUGCAGAGGUAGUAGCUUGGGAUAUGGAUGCCAAAUCCAUACUGCCAUUCCAAAUUCUCACCACAAGGAAGCGGAAAAAUGCCGGUGCAUCGGAAAUAAAAGUCCAAGUUUGCGUUUUUUUAUUCGAUAUAUUGUAUCUGAAUAACGAGCCUCUGGUGACAAAAUCAUUUCGCGAAAGGCGAGAGAUUCUGCGGAAGAACUUUAUAGAGGUGGAGGGCCGGUUUGCUUUUGCUAAAAGCUUGGACUCUUCUGAUACAGACGAGAUAAAUGUUUUCCUAGACGAUGCCAUCAAGGGCAACUGUGAGGGUUUGAUGGUAAAAGCUCUUGACGAGCACGCCACAUACGAAAUAGCCAGAAGGUCACAUAACUGGUUGAAGCUCAAGAAGGAUUACCUUGAAGGAAUCGGAGACACUUUGGACCUGGUAGUCAUAGGGGCAUAUUAUGGAACUGGAAAGCGAACUGGUGUCUAUGGAGGAUAUCUUCUUGCCUGUUAUGAUCCUGACUCGGAAGAGUUUCAGAGUAUAUGCAAGAUCGGUACUGGUUUCAGUGACGAGGACUUGAAAACGCAGUAUGAACUUCUGCUGCCAUAUAAAGUCGAUAUGGCUCGUACCUAUUAUGCUUACGAUGAAUCGUUGAAGCCGGAUGUGUGGUUUGACCCCAAUAUUGUGUUCGAGGUUAAAUGUGCUGAUUUGUCCAUAUCUCCGCGUCAUAUGGCUGCGAAAGGACUUGUAGAUAGUGAGAAAGGAAUAUCUCUCCGUUUUCCCCGUUUCCUCAGGAUCAGGGAAGACAAAAAAGGAGAAGAAGCCACGACGUCGUCACAAGUAGCAUCACUCUACAAGAAUCAGGACCAAAUUCGAAAUCAGGCAGUCAAAACAGAAGAGGAAGAGGAUGACGUUGAGUAUUAACCGAUUUGAAAGCUAAUCAAGAUUUCAUUUUGGUAGGUGUUUGUGUGCCAUUCAAUCUCUCAAGUCGCCUUGUAUCACAUGUGCUGGCUCGUGCAUGUAUCCACUUUUUCUUUGAAUUUAGCACUUACACGAGAUCUCUUUACAGUUUACUGACGGUAGUCCCUGUGUACGGGCAUAUAUCUCAAUUUGUAAGUACGUUUUGUAUCUUUCUUUGUACUUAUUCAGAGACUAAUAUCAAUCAUUAGUUUCCUUGACAUUUUAUUUUCUAUCUUUCAUGAUACAGACUCAUCCAGUGUGCGUUUGCCCUUCAUGACAUCUUGGUAAUAAAGGCGCUAUGUCCUCAUGUUGCUUGUCAUGUUUUGUCCAGUGGUUGGGAAUGUUUCUGAGGAUGUGUGGUAUGCAUUUGCAAAAGUAAAGUGCCUUCUAG